AGCGAAGGUGUUUCUGUUUGUCAUGUCACAGUCGUCUAGUGGCUGAGGAACAGCUAAGCGGUCUCGCAUUUUAUCUCGGGAUUUAUUUUUCAAAAAAUCUUCCGUUAAAUUCAGGUUUCCAAAAAAAAAAAAAAACAGGCGAAGCACCCGGAAAUGAGUCCAUAACGCGGGACUGAUGAUCUGAUCGCUGUUUAGGAGGAUUGCGAUUCAACACAAGAGCGUGUAGGAACCAAGAGACUCCUUUAAAUAUUUUUUCUUCUUCUUCAUCAUCAUCAUCAUCAUCAUCAUCAUCGUCCCAGCAAUGAGAAACAUGAGCGCUCGGAACGGCACAGCGGGAGCAGACCUUUAUCUAGAUAUUAUAGAUGAGUACCUCACGGAGAAAACGGUUAAAGAGCGGACCGUAACGCUCCCUGGUCCUCCUCCUCCACCGGUGGACCAGGACGUCCAGCCAGCUGGUCCUCCGUCUAGAGGCAGGAGAAGCGCACCGGUGCUGGUCUCCAGAGGAACAGCUCCACAUAACCCAUACAUCCUUGACCAGACCCCAACGGCGCACAUUGAUGGUAUGGCACCAAUGCAUUCCAUACGAGGCCAAAAAGUGGCAUCUCAGCGACGUGGACAGUCAUCUGUAGCGCAACACAGACUUCAUCCUCCACAGACUGGGACAGAACAUCUGGAGCGCUUCCUGGAAAAGCCAGAGCUGGUGGUGGUGGAGCAGCCAAAGGAGCGCGGCAUGCGAUUUCGCUAUGAGUGUGAGGGACGAUCCGCGGGCAGCAUACUUGGAGCCUCCAGCACUGACUCCAGCAAGACUCUGCCUGCCAUUGAAAUUCAAGGCCCCAUUGAUAAUAUCAAGAAAGUGAUGGUCACCGUGUCUCUUGUGACGAAAGACAUCCCGUAUCGCCCACAUCCACACUGCUUAGUCGGGAAAGACUGUGCGGAUGGCAUCUGUGUCAUCCACAUCAAUCCCCACAGUGCUCGUCGACACAGCUUUGCGAAUCUGGGCAUCCAAUGUGUGCGGAGGAAGGAACUUGAUGCCUCACUGCAGAAGAGGCGGAAUAAGAAUAUCGAUCCGUUUAACACGGGUCACUCUAAGAGCAUCGAGGACAUGGAUAUGAACGUGGUGAGACUGUGUUUUCAGUGUGAGCUGGAACGAAAGGAUGGCGACCGAAUUCCCCUCGCCCCUGUGGUUUCCAGCCCCAUUUAUGACAAGAAGGCGACCACAACAGCAGAGCUGAAGAUCAAUCGGCUUAAUGUUGUCAGAGGCCCCUGCACAGGAAAGACUGAAAUUUACAUGCUCUGUGACAAAGUGCAGAAAGAUGACAUUGAGAUAAUCUUCAGCAAGGACGACUGGGAGGCCAAGGCGGAGUUUGCUCAGACGGAUGUCCAUAGACAAAUCGCCAUCGUCUUCAAGUCCCCACCCUUCAGGGAGCAGAACAUAACCGAGGAGGUGGAGGUCAGCGUGUGUCUACGCCGCAUCUCUGACCGGAUGGACAGCGAGCCGGUCAAUUUCACGUAUGUUCCAGACAACGCAGAUCCCUACGAAGUGAACCGCAAGAGGAAAAUGAAAUCUGAUGUCAAGUUCAGCGAGCCAUGCAGCGUUCCUCAAAAUCAAGACACUGUGAAUGAACUCAGCAUGCCACAGCAUUUUGAAAACCCAUUCUACAACACUCCCGAUUUUAACAUUCCGGGUGCUUCCAUGGCAGUCCCUGUUAUGGAUGCGGGCGCCCACGUGCCAUCCCAGGUUAUGGAGGGAAUCCAUUAUAAUGAAGACUUCAAACAAGAGGACGGUUGUGUUAGCAUGGACCAGGACACUUUAGAUACUGUCCUCCAAGGCAUUAGCAAAUGCUUGGCUCAGCCAGGUUCAGACCAGCUUCUUAAUCAGUUGUUUUUUCCCAGCGAUCUCAACUUUGGGUUAGAUAGCACAGAUAUGAAAUUGAACGUCAACCAACCGAUGAUGAACAUGUCGUCUAUAAACGACGUGCACUUCAGUCAGAUGGUGAAUGAGAAUCAGGUCUAUCCAGCAGAUCUGGAGAACAUCGACGGCCUCAUUUUCUCCUCUGUGAAGAACGAGAACAACCUGGACCACUGAAUGCCACUGGGACUUUGUACUUACAGUCAAUGUUGACUGUAAAAUAAUUCUGGACUAGGAAAAGACACUGACUUCAGAAGUCAAACUUGCUGUUGACUGCCAAACCUGUUCAUCUGGCACUAUCUGACUUCCUGUUUGGUAGUAUGAACAUACUAAUGAAGUAAAUAACCUGCUCAGCCGCUGGUCUUAUAGAUGGACAAGACACUGAGGCAAAUGAAAAGUAGAAAAGAUGUAGCCAUUGUGUACUUUAGUAAAAAGGGAGCAACAGCUGCUGCUCAACUGCUUGUGAUGUGCCAGUUCUGAAAUGUGAUCCGUCAUGCAUUCGCUAAUUUAUUGUGUGGGUUUCAGAGCAGAACCUAUUAGUAUUGUGUAGAUGGUCCCAGACCCAAAUUCACUUCAUAUUUAAGUGUUAUAUAACACAACAUUUCGGAAUAGUUCAUCCAUAGAGGGAUUACAGUUCACAGCAUUAAGGGGAGAAAAUCAGACGUUUAAACAUAAUUCAUAAAACAUAGUUGGAUUCAUUCAUACCAAUCUGAUACCAUGAUCAAGCUAGGUGUGACAAAAUGGUAGAAGCCAUCUAAUCGACAACAAUAAAAUCCUGCAUUGAAUUCUCUGCCCGCUGGUGGAAGUUUGUAACUUCUGAUUAAAGAAAUAAUACAAAUAGUGCGUUAUUGUGACAUUUGGUUAACCAGGCUUUUAGGAGCUGUUCACACAUAACACGUUCUUCAACUUCACUGUGACGCUUUUCCAUUGUCUUUCUAUUUUAUCAUGCACAAGACGGAUGUGUUUGAUCUGUUGCACUUGUGUCUUGUGCAUGACAUAAUGUUUUUUUUAAAACUUGAGUUAAAAGAGUUCCUCUUUUUAAAUCGCGUCUCUAGUCCUUGUGCUUUUGAUUUAGUUUUUUCAUUCUACUGCCUGUGUCUCGUGUUUUUAAACACUAGGAAAUCUGUGUGAAUGGCUUCUAAGCUUGCUAACCAAAUUCUAACUGAAUUGCAAAUUAAGUGGAAAUUUUUAAUUUCUUUGGCCUUGGUAAUAUGUUUAUGCAAUUUAAAGUACAUUAAUUAACACAUUUUAUAGUGUUAUCAUAGUGAAAUUUGGAUUUGAGCCCCACCCACAAAGAAAUCUCAUUGGUCUUAAGUUGUAUAUUAAACAAGUUCAGAUUGGCUACUUUGCACAGGAUUUUAUUUAUCCUGGAAACUUGACCUGUCACGCCUGGCCAUGAUGUGAGGUUAUGGGAAACUGAAAUGGAUGUAGUUGAGUCAGUGGCAAAAGGAUUUUAGUGACUUUUAUCUGUCAUAUCAAUGUUUGAAGGAAGCUUGGUUCACGAUCAUAACCAUUAGAAAGCAUUUUGUUCAUGUAUACACAUAUAAUGUCUGUAAUACUGCUGUGAAUUUUUAAUGUGCUGUGUAAAAAUCAUUUAAUUGCAUUCAAAUAUCAUCCCAUUCUGCUUCUUAUCGUGUGUUGUUGCUGUCGAUAUUAAAAUCACGUGUUCUGGAAAAUGA